AUGAAAAAAGAAAUUAAGGGAAAAAAGAAAGAGGAAAAUUCAGAAGAGGAUCGAGAAAGCGGUGACCUCGAGAGCACUAAUUCUGAAGCCGAAAGUAAUAUUGGAAAUUCACAGUCAGAACCUGAAGGUGUUCCAUUAGAGGAACUUUCUGACUCGGAAAUAGAAGGAGACAUCAUUCCGAAACAACGCGUCACGAUAAAUAACAAAUCAGCACUAAGAAAAAUUUGUAAUGAAAUUAAAAUUGACGCACCAUGGAUCGAAACCCAGUCAAUCACAUCUUCGGAACCGGUGGUGAUCAAAGACGUUCAUAAUGACGUUGAGCGCGAGCUAGCAUUUUAUAAACAAGCACUCGAAGCUGCCGUUGAAGGACGCGAAAAGAUCAUAACCUCCGGGGUACCGUUUUCGAGACCAGAUGAUUAUUUUGCGGAAAUGAUUAAAUCUGACGAGCACAUGUCUAAAAUACGGAAGAAAUUGAUUGACGAGGAGAAAGGGAUUAAAGCUAGCGAAGAGGCGAGGCGUCAAAGAGAAUUAAGAAAAUUUGGCAAAAAAGUACAAGUGGAAAAAAUUCAAGAGCGACAAAAGCAAAAGAAAGAAGAACUGGAGAAGAUUAAAUUAUUGAAGAAAAAACGAAAGGGUAUUGAAGAGAACGUUGAUGAUGAUUUUGAAAUCGCGUUAGACGAAGCUGCUGAGGAUGACAGACCAAAGAAACGACAAAACACUGGAAAGAACAAAAAACGUCUAACUAAGGACGUAAAAUUCGGAUUUGGUGGAAAAAAACGAUUUUCAAAAUCGAAUACUUCCGAGACAUCUGGAGAUUUAUCUGGAUUUGGCGCAAGUGGUGGUAAGGGUAAUUUUCAGGAAAAGCCAGAAGACAGAGUGCAAGAAACAAAAAACGCUAGUUUGUUCAAUCGAGAAUCUUUUGCCGGUCCGUUUUAG